AUGCCGCCGAACAGCAAAGAUACCACCGGAGUGCUCUACGAGUCGGAUGCGGAGACGAUAGACGGUGGCCUAAUCAAGGAUGUCGGAAAGCUAAAGACCACCGAUGGUCGGAAGCUGCAGCUGGUUUGGGUCAAUAUUGUGCUCUUUGUGAUCCUUCAUCUAUCCGCAUUGUACGGCGUCUGGCUGCUAUUGACGAAGGCCACCUGGACUACGGUGCUGCUCUUUCCGUUCGCCCUGAUUGUCACGGCCCUGGGCAUUUCCGGCGGCGCCCAUCGAUUGUGGGCACAUCGCACCUUCAAGGCUAACGUGCCACUCCGCUUGAUCUUCCUGUUCCUCAACACCCUGGCCUUCCAGGAUGCAGUGUAUAUCUGGGCGCGAGAUCAUCGAGUGCAUCACAAGUACGCGGAAACGGACGCUGACCCGUACAACUCGGAGCGAGGCUGGUUCUUCUCGCACAUCGGCUGGCUAUGCGUCCGCAAGCAUCCUCAAGUUGUGGAAAAGGGCAAGCAGAUUGACCUCUCCGACCUGGAGCAGGAUCGCCUGGUGAUGUUCCAGAAGAAGUACUACCUACUCCUGAUGCCGCUCAUCUGCUUUGUCCUGCCCACCGUGCUGCCGAUGUAUCUGUGGGGCGAGUCGCUCAACGUCUCCUGGCACGUGAUGGCCCUGCUCCGCUGGGUGACCACCCUGAACCUUAUCUGGCUGGUAAACAGCUCGGCCCAUAUGUACGGCAAGCGGCCAUACGACAAGAAGAUCAGUCCCACCGACGAGAGCUUCCUCAUUUGGUUGCGCUUUGGCGAGGGCUACCACAACUAUCACCACGUCUUUCCGUGGGAUUAUAAGAGUGCCGAGCUGGGUCCAUACUCUCGAGACCUCACGACGGCCUUCAUCAACUUCUUUGCCUGGCUGGGCUGGGCCUACGACCUGAAGAGUGUGUCCCCGGAUUUGGUUCGACGGCGGGUUCAGCGGACGGGAGAUGGCUCCCAUCCCGUGUGGGGGUGGGGCGACAAGGACCAGUGCAGCGAAGAUGUCGCCGACACCACCAUAACCCACCAGCGGGUGGUCAGAUGAGGAAUUAGUGAGCGAAUGAAAAGCCAAAGAAAAGUUAAGGAAAUAAUAUAUUGUUAAAUAAAUACAUUUAAAUAGCCCAAAAUCCGCUGAAUCUGUAAGUUUUUUUUUAUCGGUGCAGAGAGAAGUCUUAUGAUGUAUGAAUGUUAUAUAUUAUAUAUAAAAUGUAUAUAUUUUGUCAUAUAUAAUUAAUUAAACAUUAGCUUUGACGUCGAAAAUAGUAUACAAACAAGAAAGAAAGGUCAGUUUGUAUUCCCUCGAUCCAUUUUGAUUAAAUCAAUAGAAAAAUUAA